GCCCCGCCCCCGCUGCCCUCAGAGCGCGGCCAUGGCGUACGGCGGCCUGGCGGUGCCCAUCAUCGUCAUGAGCGUGUUCUGGGGGGUGGUCGGCGGCGUCCUGCCCUGGCUCGUACCCAAGGGGCCGAACCGCGGAGUUAUCAACACCAUGCUGGUGACCUGUGCUGUUUGCUGCUACCUGUUUUGGCUGAUUGCAAUUCUGGCUCAGCUCAACCCUCUCUUUGGGCCUCAGUUGAGCAAUGAAACAAUCUGGUACCUCAGAUAUCACUGGCCUUGAGGAUGCCUGUGCUGUGCUGCACUUCAUUGACAGGUGAAGAAGAGAUGAAAAGCUGCACUGACCCAAAGGUGCCCUCUCUGGAGCUGGGUGGAUGCAAAGCCUCAGUAAUGCCUUAACCCUUCUAACGUUCUUCGAGUGGCUUCCUCAAAGUCCUGUGUUUUUUUCCUACUAUUCCAUUUAACAGAGUGCCUAAUGCAAUUUAUACUCCUCUUUGGUACUGUCAAUUUUUGACUGUUAACUCCAGAUGUGAUGAAAAUUUCUAUUUUUACGGGUCAUGGAAUCACGUUUCCUGUUCAUUUUAUCUGUAAUAACUCUUUAUAUUUGCAGGUCUUAGCUUGUCUGUCAGUCAUUGUGCUGUUCACCCCUGUUCUGUUUGCACUGGACAAAAAUGUGUGCAAUAAACUGUGUGAGGAGAGGAGAAACAGUGGUACCAUGUGCUGAUGGCAAUUUUUAUUUUUUUUUCUCCAAAUGAAUUGUAUUCUUGAGAAAUCUGGCCUUAAAUUUCUCAUGCCUGGAAAUAAAACUAAUCCUCUGCUUGAUACAAAA